UCCGGAAGGUGGCAGCCACCAUCCUAAAAGCGUUCGUUGACCUCACUAACAUGACGUCGGCACAAAACAGGAAGAGUACCCAUUUGAUAACUGAGAGCGGGCGUGCGACGAAAAGAUGGAGUCUGAUAGGACUACCAAGUUGGAGUUCGGGGUGCAGAUGACGUGUAACGGCUGCGUGAAUGCUGUACGAACCGCCCUGGAGGGAACUCAAGGAGUGCAGUCUGUGGAGAUCGACCUGGCGCAGGAGCAGGUCCUGGUGGAGUCCAGCCUGACGUCCCAGGAGGUGCAGAGUUUGAUUGAGAGCACGGGGCGACGGGCGGUGCUGAAGGGAGUGGGAGCUGCAGACCCAGACCUGGGCUCGGCCGUGGCGAUGAUGGGAGGGGCCGGCCCUGUCCAGGGCGUGGUUCGCUUUGUGCAGGUGACGGGGGACUGCUGCCUGAUUGACGGGACCCUUGACGGCCUGGAGCCAGGAUCACACGGGCUCCACGUGCACGAGCUGGGUGACCUCACCAACGACUGCCUGAGCUGUGGGGACCACUACAAUCCCUAUGGAAGACAGCAUGGCGCCCCCCAAGACUCAGAGAGGCAUGUUGGUGACUUGGGGAACAUCGUGGUGGAAUCCAAUGGCCGAGCCUCGUUCCGAUUGGAAGACUCCCAGCUGAAGGUUUGGAAUAUAAUUGGACGUUCGUUGGUGGUGGAUUCCGGAGAAGAUGACUUGGGCAGGGGGGGCCAUCCCUUGUCUAAACAAACUGGGAAUUCUGGAGAGAGGCUGGCGUGCGGCAUCAUCGCUCGAUCGGCGAGCCUUUUCCAGAACGCCAAGAAGAUCUGCGCCUGCGAUGGAGUCACCAUCUGGGAGGAGAGGGACCGGCCAAUAGCUGGCAAAGGACGCAGGAAGACUGACGCCCCAGCGGCCAAUCUGUGAAGGAAAAGGCACUUAGCCCCUCCCACCACCCCACCCCCCAGCUCUCAGUCCAGCAGGCUAAUGGCAACGCCAGGCCUGAAACGUACACUGAAAGAGAGCGAGGGGCGUGAGAAAGGAGAAAAGUGCCUGGUCAGCUCCGCCUUGGGUCACAAUAGUGAGUUUUUAUGUGGACGUUCUGUACAGCCUGGCCCUGUAGCGUUAGCCUGUCAGACUGUGGCCUUACACCGCAUGGAUUCCACUCACUGAACCCCCCACUCCAGCUCCAGUUGAUUUAACCCCAUUUCACAUGCAGGCGGUGUGUUUGAUUUCAAAGGUGUGCAAAUGUGGAGUUUUGGUGUGAGCUUUGACGAUAGCCUUGAGCAGCUUGAUGAUGAGCAGUUGCAUUUGCCUGUUUCGGUUGGCUGAAACCAGAAGAGAACAGUGUACACGUUUGCCCAAAUGUGUAAAAGAAGUACUCUGAAGCUUGAGAUCUGAUAGAAAUUAAUUAUUGCCAGUUUCGUUUGGAGCUAAUGAUUCUAUUUUUCUGAUACAGUUUGAGAAAUUAUGAGUUUGAUACACAGAGCCAAUUUGACUGUCUAUUUUUGUCAGUUUAAUCUUUGUAAUUGUGUAGAUGAAUUCUAGGACAACUUGUAAAAGACUAGAAAAACUUGUGAAUACACUGUUUAAAGAUUUGUCCUGGACAAGCCUUAGGCUUGAAUAGUUCAUUCAAAACAACAUCAUGGUGUCUGUCCAAUAUGAGACUGUAUCAAAGAAACCGCUUAUGCUUACAUAUCCAUACAUUAAAAAUGAUUUGUUUGGC